AGUGGCCACUCUGGAAAUCUCACAGUAUAUCCGCGUGAAAUCAAUGCAUCUAACUACUCAUCUGUAUAAAGCACAAACCUCAGCUAAAAGAUAGGAUCACUCCUCUGUCAUAAACAUUCAAUACUUGUCUUUAAUUUCAUCACACACAAAACCAGCCCUUUAGGCAUUUUCUUCCUUUAUUUCCUCUUCUUUUUUCUGCUGCAACAUUCUAUUGCCUUUUUCUCUUUUGCUCGAUUGUUGGAAAAAUGGGUUGUGGGCUGAUUCAGAGUUGGUUGGCGGUGUGUGUGGUGGCCUUGGUCGUGGUGGAGCUUUGUUAUGAGCAGGCCGUGGCUGAACCCCAAGUUCCUUGUUACUUCAUAUUUGGUGACUCUUUGGUGGACAAUGGUAAUAACAAUAACAUCCAAUCGCUGGCAAGAGCUAACUUUUUACCUUAUGGGAUUGAUUUUCCCGAUGGACCAACUGGAAGAUUCUCCAAUGGUAAAACCACAGUAGAUGUCAUCGCUGAGCUAUUGGGAUUCGAUGGUUACAUUCCUCCUUACGCCGUUGCUCGUGACCAAGACAUACUCAGGGGAGUGAACUAUGCAUCUGCAGCAGCAGGAAUUAGAUCAGAAACUGGCCAGCAAUUGGGCGGCCGGAUUGAUUUUACUGGGCAGGUAACUAAUUACAAGAACACGGUUUCACAAGUGGUGAACAUACUCGGGGACGAAGACUCCGCUGCAAAUUAUCUUAGCAAGUGUAUAUAUUCAGUUGGAGUGGGAAGUAACGAUUAUCUCAACAACUAUUUCAUGCCUACCUACUAUACGACUAGCAGGCAAUUUUCUCCUGAACAAUACGCCGAUAUUCUCAUCCAACAGUACUCCGAGCAAAUUCGGACUUUGUACAAGUAUGGAGCAAGGAAGUUUGUCUUAAAUGGAGUGGGUCAAAUUGGAUGCAGUCCAAACGCAUUGGCACAGAACAGUGCUGAUGGCUCAACAUGCGUACAAAGGAUUAACGCUGCAAAUCAAAUAUUCAAUAACAAACUCAAAGCACUUGUUGAUGACUUCAACAGCAAUUCGCCUGAUGCAAAAUUUAUCUACAUAAAUGGCUAUGGGAUUUUCCAGGAUUUAAUUGACAAUCCUUCAGCCUUUGGUUUCAAGGUUACAAAUGCAGGGUGUUGCGGUGUUGGAAGGAAUAAUGGGCAAAUAACAUGUCUCCCAUUUCAAACACCAUGUCAAAAUAGAGACGAACACUUAUUUUGGGAUGCAUUUCAUCCCGGUGAGCAUGCCAAUAUCAUCCUAGGAAGAAGAUCAUACAGUGCUGAGAAGCCAUCAGAUGCAUAUCCCAUGGAUAUUCGCCGCUUAGCUCAACUGUGAAACUUCUCAUGAUCAUAAAUUUAUGAUAUAAAUGGUAUAAUUUUCAAUGUUAUCGUUUUCAUAAUUUUCGAGGAUUCAAUGGAAAAAGUUACAUUGAAUUCAUAGUGAAUUGUAAUUCUGAAUAUGGAUAUGGCCAUCAAAUGAAUGGAUUCAGAAUUUCAAUUUACACAUUACUUUACUGUCAUUUGCUUCUUUAGUUUCUUGUAUUAUCUUCUCAUGGUAUCAACAAUGGAGAAAUUAUUACUGUUUUUCAACGAGUUCA